CGGGGCGUGGGCGGAAGGGUCUGGUGUGGAGACCGUCCCGAUCGAAGAUUGGUGGGAGGGGGUGAACCCUUCUCAGGGGUGAGCAUGAAAGCGAAAGCGAUGGAUGCAAACGUCAGGCAUCGCGCCGCCGAAGGGGAGUCGGAACCUUGCAGCUCUCACAACUACUGAAGCAAGCAGCCUACAAGACGGCCUCUCUCGCCGCAACCUGUGACCUUCUACACCGGUCCUCACUCUGUCGCCUACCCGAUCAAUCAUGCCAAGUAUCGCCCAAGGCCCCGCCUCCGACACCGCUCCUUACCGCGGUCCCUUCCCGCUACCCGUCACGCCACUCCAACACCGUUUCAGCUUCGCCUCGAACUGCUCGUACAUCGACUGGUAUACCUCCAACGGCGGCGUGCACCACCCCAUCGGCAAAAUCUCCACUCGCAAGCACGUCGCCGUCGUAGGCGCAGGCGUCGGCGGACUUUUCACCGCUCAGUUGCUCCGCGGGGCAGGCUGCGACGUUACGGUCCUAGAGCGCGCGGCGCACGUCGGUGGGCGCGCUCGCUCUGAUCCCACGCACAACGAAGGAGGAUGGGUAGAGCAGGGGGCUAUGCGUUUCCCCGUUCAUGCACUCAGUGCUGCGAUUGUCAAGGCGCAUGGCUUUGAGUUGCUAGGCGGGUUUCCCGACCCGGGCGUGGUAAGAACGGGACUUUCAUUCGAGGGCGAGUACGCCGAGUGGGAGCCUCAUGCGCCGCCGCCAGGGAUAUUCGAGGACAUCGACGCAGCGUGGACUGCCUUCAUUCGGGAGGGGUUAAGCAGGGAGGGAGAGCGAGUGCUCGCGCCCAUUGCGGAUAUUAUUGACGGGCUCGCCGCGAAAAAGAAGGAGGUAAUCAACGCAGCCGCAGCAAAGUACAGGGCGUACGUAGACGUCUUCCAAUCCCAGUCCCUCGAGCAAGGAACGCGCUCCAUCUUCUCCGGCAAGCAGUACGACCGCGUAGGCCCUGUAGUGUGGAGCGAGGCCCACUUCGAGGCAGACAAGGCGCUCGGGCGCGGCAGUGGUGGGCUCGGCGCCGUAAGCCAGCGCAGCAUGGUGGCUAUUUUGGAGCUCAUCAUCAAUCAGAUGCUCGUCAAUCAGGCCAGUUUUGGUGUCAAGGCAGAGGACGGGACGUCCAAGCACGCACCCGUGCAGGCCCUCCCGGCUCGGAUGGCGGCACGACUGAUCAAGGCGGGAGGGAAGGUGCGUUGCGGCCAGCGCGUGACGAGCCUGGGCCUCGCACCCGUGGACGGGGUACAGAAGGUGUUGCUGAACGUCAAGGGCGCCGGGAGAGAGGUUUACGAUGAUGUCGUCCUUGCUAUUCCGCCCAAUGCGGCCAAGACGGUCCUCGCGCGCAGCAGCGGCAAGCUCAUGUCACGCCGCGAUCUCCUCGAUCUCAACAGCCUCGACACGAUGAACGCCGUGAAGCUCUACGUAGAGCUGGAACACAAGCACUACAUGGACCAGCCGGGCUUUCCUCGCGUCCUCCUCUCGGACACGCCAGCGAACCAGAGCUACCUUUUCGAGGACGCCGGUGGCCGCGGCGGAUCUGGCGUCGUGACGAACCUGAUCGCCUAUCAGUGGGGUCAGGCGGCGGGCGAGCUGGCCGAGCAGUACGAGGACAAGAUAGCCUUGCGAGACUACAUUGCGGGCCAGAUGCGCGCCAACCUCUGCGCCGGCGGGGGAAAGUGGCACGAGUGGAUUGAUGACAUCCUCGCUGCUCCUAGCGAGAGGAUCCACUACAUCAACUGGGAUAAGGACCCCUCUGCUCGCGGCGCAUUCGUGCUCAUGCUCCCCGGCCAGGAGAAGGUCUUCGCCCGCAUCUCGAGGCGAUACCUGCGCUUGAGCGAGGAGGAGAUGCACGUCCAUCUGGUGGGCGAUUCGUACACGCGUUUGGGCGGAUGGAUCGAGGCCGCCUUUGUUAGUGCGAGCGAUUUUGCAUCGGCGUACGUGAGGGCGCACGGGGAGCUCUUCAACGCACGCCUGUCGCCCGUCGUUUGCAAUGCGCAGUAGCGGGGUGUGCGCGGUGUAGCAGGGAGGGUAUUUAUCUCGUCUGAGAUUUGCUAGACGUUACUACUCGUCACCGCCAACACUCUCUUCGACUUCACUCAGCAUGCGCACGAAGUUUGGAUUGGAGGAGAAGC